AUGGCAAAAGCCAAGUGUCAGAAGUGUGGAGUAGAUGUCCCUCUUCAGCUUUUACAGGAUCACAUCAACUCUUGUGCAGUUAUUGAAAUUGAUUUUGAUCCAACUGAUGAGGACCCCAGUCAUCCGGAUGAGGAAAAAUUGCAGCCAUGUCCUGUAUGUUUGAAGAUCUUUCCCACGGAGUUGAUUGAGCGACAUGCUUCAUCAUGUGGGGAAAGUUCAGUUUCACCCCAAUCUGCAAUAGCUCCUAAUGAAGAGUUUGCAGCUAUUCCUGGACCCUCCAAAUUAUCUACUGUUUAUGAGGGGCGGAUGAUGGGUCACUCUUUCCUUCAUGGAGGGCCCUGCCUGUCUGGACUUAGCCCUGCGAUUGUGCAUGUCCUUCUUGGUGGAACUCCUGAGACUUCUACGGUCACCCUGGAAGACUGUCCGGAUUUGGACAUCCGCGACACCAUCAAGCUUUGCAUGAUUAUCCCAGCCACAUCGAAAGGUAUCCAGCUCUUCCUGGAGCCGUGGCAGAAACACGUAGUGGCAGCAGAAGAGAUGAGUAACACUGCCAAUGCUGAGGAAGCCUUCCUCUUCAAGAUAAUGGAGAACAUCAUAGUAAACACUUGUUACAGCCAUCCACAGAUCUCUCCACAAUCUCUCUAUCCUAAAAUGUAG